UUCAGUUUGAAUACGUCACGAUUGCUGGUAUGUUUUGGUAUUUGAUAGAAAUAUAACAGAUACGGUUCUAGUGAUAGACUGUUGCCAUAAAUUACGUGAUAUAAUAUUCAUAAUAAUAUAGGAUAUAAUGGUGGAUUAAUUAAAUCAAUUUAUUGGAGAUAUGAAAGCUUUAGUCUUUAUUAUCUGUUUGUUAUUUAUACAAAGAGAUGCAGAAGCACAACAAUGGCCCGUUAAGAUGACCAGUGCCUGUUAUGGACUAAGGUCUCCAUUUCUGAAAGCAUCAUGUCCCAGAGGCAAACACAUCGUCGUGAGAAACGUUUUUGCGAACGCUAAACCGAGAUACACCAAUUGUCCCGAAGAGACACAAGAGGACGUCCCUGUAGACCCAAAUUGCUGUGUCUGUACACCGGAUGAUUGUUUGAUGGAGUAUUCGGGUGUUUCGAAGAUGAUGUAUUAUACGGAAUGCAAUGGAAAGCAAUCAUGUAAUCCUCGUGUGUCAUGGCAACCCAUGAAUACAUGUCCACACAGAAACUAUCUCUUACGUUCAAAUUACAUGGUUAUGGAAUAUUAUUGUGUUGACGGAGUAGGAGUUAUGGGCGACAAUGAUACAGCAAUACUAGACAAUCGAAUUGACCGAAUUCAGCAACCACGUUUAGUUAAAGCUGAUUCGUUAUCAAAUUCAACUCUCCAGAGAAGCGCUGUCGGUUCUACUAACAGAACUAGUGCUACUAUUCCCCCAACUACUAACACCCCCACUACUUCAACUACGGCAACUACCAUACCACCAACCACAAAAAACACUCCAAAAAUAACAACGAAGACCAUGCAAACAACGACGUUUCGAACAACUACAACUGCCCCACUAACCACAACUACCAUCCCGUCAACCACAACAAAUAAUCCAUUAACCACAACAACGACCACACAAACAACUACGACACCAAUAACUACAAUCAGAUCACAAACCACAACUACUACCCCACAGACAACCACCACUCCACCAACCACAACAACCACUCCACAAACCACGACCCUGUCUUUAAUUAUUAUACCGAUUAAUUCCAGGACAUCUCCCCCGGUCAAAAUCCCGUCACAAGCCAUUUCAUUCCCGCAUCAAUUAGGCAGUGCCACCAAUAAACCACGUUUAAGGACAAGAAAACCUCAACCCAUUACAACCACUGUAAAAUCAAACUUGACAGCAACUACACCCGCAACGCGACUGCAUCUUUCCCUCUUGCCCACCGAGCGAAGUGACAAGGCAGGGACUAGUACAACCAUUUCAUUCCGGGCGUCUUUGAAACAGAAGUCGACAGCAGCUACUUCUAACGGGCAUUCCUUUUCAGAAAAUGUGACUAGCGCAAGCAAUAUUGACUUUGCUUCUGCUAAAUGUAUAGUAACCACAGAGUGCCAUACCUCAAUUAUUAUAAAUAUAAUUGAUGCUGGACAGUGUCCGUUCAAGAUGUUGAUAAGGAAUUUGAAAGGAGACAGUUGGUCCCUGUGUGAUAUUAAUAACAAUGGAUUUGAUACGUUUUCCAAUGUUCUAUUAAUCUAUGGAAAUGAUAGUGGUGUUGAUGUGGAGUUUGGAAAUCCCUGGUUACAAUUUAUUUCUUCAGAUCAUUUUACAGAUGUAUUUUUAUUGUGUAAUAAAAUGAAUAGUGUAAACGAAUCCAUCAAAGAUUGUUUUACUCCAGUCACUAAAGCCACCAGCCCAGCAGGAGAUUACGCUGCUUAUCCGGGUUUAAAAAAUUGGGAAGUAGCUUUAAUAGCUGUUGGGGUUCUCUUUAUAUUGACUUUUUCCUCACUGUGUAUGUGGGCGAUGUAUAGCCGACGGAAAAAGAACCGAGAUAGACGUUGUAGAUUUAGUUUGCCUGUUCCUCAAAGAAUGGAACCAAGACCUCAACAAAGAUUACAAACUCCAACAAUUGUUAGAAUACCAGAUACCGGUGCUGGUGUAAAUAUUGAAACUUCACCCAGAAGAAACUGUGGUGAAAGAAGUAUGUUACCUACCAUUGUAUCUAUAGAGAGAGUUAACCCUGGUGGUACAGCCAGACCACAAUUACCACCUAUACUACAUAGACCACGUUUUACAUCAUAAACUUGUUUUGUUAAACCUUACAUAACUUGAAAUAUAGAUGUAUGGAUUACCGUAUCUGCCAAAAUAUGUAAUUUUGUUCUGAAAAAUAUUUAAAGUGAUUUGAAGUUUCACAAAUAUGCCUAACUAGUAUCAGAAUCGCUGUACUAUAUAGGAUGUAGCCAGAUAGGAAUUACAUCUGGUACUCAAACUAGAUGUGAAUCAAAGAUUGAAGAUUUAAGUUGGAAAUCAAAUCGUUUUUGAUCAUUAACAAACAAGACGUCAAUAAUAGUUAGAACUAAUGUUGCGCCUUGCAGGAGGGGGGUGGGUCAAGGUUAGUUUUUCUAAAUUUUGGACAUUUGUCUCAUGUUGUUCUGUUAAGGGAUAAUUGAACGAUAUCAUUGAUAUCAGACAAAAGAGAAAUCUUUUGUUCCAUUAAUCAUUCCACUAAAUCCUUGGAACCGAAAUAAAAUGUAUCUAUCUUUUCAUUUUUAUCAAUAUGUUAUUUUUAUAAAUAAGUUCCCAUUCAACUGUAAAUGUAUGGGUGAUUAAAGAUACUUUAUGUAAGAUUUAGAUAAAUAGCUAGCCAUUCUUACUAUAAUAGUUUGAAAAUAGAUCAUGUAAAAUGAAUAAUUUGAAAAUCUCUUUCAAAUUACUCUAUUGCGAGCGAAGAUAUUAGCCUUUGAAGGUUUGACAAGACGUGUGCAAUAAUUUCAACCACCGUACAGGUUGUUCGAAGCUAAGUCUCGCUCCUCCAUUUUUAGAUUAAAUCAAAAUAUGUCUGAACCGUUCUAAUCUAUUUAAUAUCUGAGAAAUCCGAUGCCACCGAGAGUUGAUUAUGGUCUGGAUAAGUUAAUUAAUGUCUAGUUAAUAAUUUAGAUAAUAUUUCAGGCCUAAAGAAAGACCUGUAAUAGGCAGAUUUAGCUAUUGCAUAAUGUAUGUUUAAUUAAAGAAAUAAAACUAUAAAAUAUGUUUGUAUACAUUUAUUAUGAUAAUUGUUGUGACUAUUAUAUAUUAUUUAUAUAUAUAUAUAUAUCAACACACAAGAUGAUUACAUGAUUUUAUGACAAUAAUAGCAUGAUGAUUACACCAUUGUAAUAAUAAUAAUAAUUUUCACUGAAAAUAAUGUUGCAUUCCUUGCAAAUGAGACCAAAAUGCAUUUUCAAAAACGUGAUUAAGUAUAUGUAUUAUCUAGCCUCAAGUUAAGAGCAUAUAAGUAAAAGAAGCAGUUCAUUUGUUAUCCAUCAAUUUGACUAAAAUGUAACAGUUGCAUAUAAAAUUCAGUAAUAAGCUCUAUUUACAUAUACAAUUAAUAACAAUGUCAUAAAUAUACUGAUCUGUGUAUACUUAAUUGUCUAAUAUACCUUUUUGGCUUUGGAAAUUUAAAUUUUCCGUUUUAAGUAAAAUGUCCCCCCAUUUUCAACUAACAGCAUAAUUAUUAUAUUAAUGCUGAGAUUUCCUACUAAUUGCAUAUUAUAUUCAUGCUGAGAUUAGGUACAGAUGGAUAUCAUGCCUAACCAGUUAUCAUGGAUAUGCAUUUAUUGGAAUUACAGAGUAGAUAUAUUAUCCAGCUGAUCUAACACCAAUAUUGUAUAUUAAAAACUGUAAAUAUAUAGUGGUAUUUUAACACUUGCUAUAUGAGAAAAGGUUAGAGAUAAAGACUUUAUUAAUGUAUUUAUUUAUAAUAAUGUAUAAUAGCAUAAUACUUAUAUAAUUCUAAAAUUUGUUACACUGCUAUAAAAACUUACAUUGAUGUUUUAAUAUGGUGUCAACAGAACUUUCAUUAAGAUUCUGUUUUAUGAAGUUUAUUGUCAGCCAUUUAUUUUCAUGUUCUGUCCAGGCAAGAGCAUUAAAAAAGCUUAUUAAAAUGCAUAUUAAAAUGUCCAGUUUGCCUGUUUUAAUUAUUAAUAAGUAAGUAUGAUAUAAACUACUAAUUAUCAUAACAUGAGAAGCUUUGACGUUAAAUAUGUUAAACAUUUGGCAAUGUAUGGGAUAAAUUUAAUAAAUAGAAAAUAUGACACCGAGUAUCUUUUUCACUCUGUUAUAAUUCACACAAAUUUCACAUGCAUAGAUAUAAACUAAAUAGUAUAUAUGGAGCCAUGUUGCAAUAUAAUGUAGCUAAAAUCACAUUGAGACACCCACGACCAGAAACACACAUAGAAUAUACAUAAAAACUUAUAUAUUAAAAUAUUAUAUACACUAAUAUGUAUAGAAACUAUUAUUACUAAUAAUACACACACUAUCAACUAUAACAAUAACAUUCUACUUUAUAUAUAUAAAAUAUAUAGGAGAGAGAACAAUAAGAUCUGAGAUCAUAGGAAAAGUUAAAAACAAAACAAUUUAUUACGAAGAUCUUCCUUCUUACCCAUUCAUCCUAUAACACAUUAGUCAUUUCAAAAAUUAAUCUGAACAUUUAUAAGUUUGUGGUGCCAUUCUAAUUAAAUCAUUUAGCCAUUUUAAUCUUCAUGUGACUUAUUUAUACAUAGCUCUGAUACUGAUAUCAGGUAAGUCACUUACCAUAAGUGUCAUAUUAAAUAUUCUGUUUUUUCCUCAAGAUAAUUUCUAAUUCUUUUAGUAGAUUAUUAUUAUGAUUAUUAUUAUAUUUUGAAAAAAAUGAUUAAAGAUGGAUUUAUUUAA